AUGCGAAAGGACAGGCGCCGGCGAGAGGCAGGGAAGACAGAGAGGCAGGAGACCAACUGCAGCGAAGGCGAACAGGAGUUCAAAAAGGAAGGCAGCGCGGAAGGGAGAAGAAGCACCCACAAAGCAGGAGAGAGGCGCGCGCCUCGCGUUCGAGGCGACGACAGGGAGAGGGGGCCCCCGCAGUCACGUGGAAAGAGCAGGGGUGCGAGUGGACGACGAAACGGAAGAAAGGAAGAGAGGAGAGCAGGAAGCAGGCGGAGCAAAGCAAGAGACAAAGGGAGAAGAAAAGGAAGCGGACAGACAAGCGGGAGAGAAGUCGCUUUCGACAAAAAAAGUCGCAACAGCGGGAGAGGAAAGGCGAUGCAAACAGGGGGGACGAAGAGGGAGAAACCCGCAGGGUAUGGACAAGGGGAGAAUCCGACUUCGAAACAUGAACGAGAAGAAAAGCUGUCGGGGAAAGCAGACUUGCGUCAGGAGAAAAAGCAGUCAGAAAAAACUCUGGAACUCCUCGACCGUCGAGAAACCGUUGAGAGUCACCAGAAGGGCAGGAGACUCUCAGACCCCACAGCGACGAAAAGGUUUCCUCCUCGAAGAAAGAGUUCGUUGUCUCUCUUUCGCCUCUUUCUGCAAGACUUUUUACACCCUAGCGACUGUUGA